GUCGUUACGGGUCAAGAAGGAUGAGUGCAAGAGGGAAUAGAUCCUCCUACAUCUCGAUGCAUAAUACCCUAAAUAUUCCCUCCUCAAACGCUAAAGUUUCUCUCUCUUGCUCCUCUGCGCCUCUUCACUCUUCAAGUAGGAAAAAGGUGUUUGAAAAAUGGGGGAGGAUGAUGAGUACCGCUGUUUCAUUGGUAACUUAUCAUGGUCAACAUCGGAUCGAGGGCUAAAGGACGCAUUUAGGAAGUUUGGCAAUCUUCUUGCUGCAAAGGUAGUAGUUGACAAGUUCUCUGGCCGAUCUAAAGGAUUUGGUUUUGUUACAUUUGAUGAAAAGAAAGCAAUGGAAGAAGCCAUCGAAGCAAUGAAUGGGAUGGAUUUGGAUGGCCGUGCUAUUACUGUGGACAAAGCCCAGACUCAACAAGGUUCAGGUAGAGAUUAUGAUAGUGAUCGACCCCAUGACCGCGACCGAGAUCGAGGUCGUGAUCGCAGUCGUAGUAAUCGUGAAUAUGGAGGUGGGCGGGAAUCUGGUGGUGGAGAGUGCUUUAACUGUGGCAAGCUAGGACACUUUGCUAGAGAAUGCCCUAGUGAAGGAGGUCGGGGUGGUCGGUAUGGUGGCAGAGAUGAUAGGUAUGGUGGUGGCAGAGGUGGUGGUUCUAGAGGUAGUGGUUAUGGACCUGAAAGAAAUGGAGAUCGCUUUGGAAACCGCAGCAUCAGGGAUGGUGGUGGACAUGGGGGAGGUGAACGAUACAACCGUGAUCGUUCAGGGCCAUACGAUCGUCGGGGUUCUGGCUCUCGCGCUGGUUAAUGCUUUAAGCUGAAGAUCUAGGCGCCAACCAAGCUGGAUACAGAGGGUUUGAAGUAUGUCUCAUGGCAUCUUGUUGCCUGUGAGCAGAAGUGGAUCGAUCUUUUGAACUCAUGAAACCUGGCACUUUAAUCUACUAUUCUAUGUCCAUAAAUGUUCUAUAGUAUGGAUUGAUUGGGAUCUUAUGCGUGCUUAAUUUGCGAUUUUGAAUGUGAUCUCACACUUUUGAAUGCUACUAUGGCUGCUGGUUAUUUGCUUUGUUGGCUUGGAAAGUAGAAUACUGUUGUUUGCUGCUGGAA